UUAUAGUUCUUCAACACCCCUUAUAUAUUGCAUCACCAUAGGCCAGGUCUUACGAUGCAUUUACAAGUAGUUCUUGAAAAUGUACCCAAGUGACACAUAUUACAUGCUCCAACAGAAGAGGAAGUAUCAGUCAGAUGUGCUUUCCAUUUUUCUGUCCGAUCCUGGCCUCACAUACGCCGCGUUUGCACUUUCCACCAGUGUUCUGAAAUUAGAGUGUCACACUGUCACUUCCAUGACAGCUAGUUUCCUGCUUUUACCCCCCUUGGCUGAGGACUGGAUCUGCACUAUAGCCUUAGAGUAAUUCGCCCCAAACCACAGCUUUCCUCUUCACCACUAGUUGAUAGGCUGACCGGACAAGAGCCCUCGUCCACAUAUUGGCCAGUCAGUGAACAUAGUUCAAUCUCCGCUACUUGCUUCUAAUUCCUGUCUUAGGGCACUAGUCUCACACCUUGCCCGUCUGCCAAAUCCGGCUUCACCAUGCGGUUUUGGGUGGAUUGGGCAUUGUGGCAGAAGCUUAGUUUUGUACGGAUGCAAUGACGGAAUAUGAAACUGGGGCGUUGCUAAUGACGACUUAUAUAGGUGCUCGCGGGCCUUCUCGUAAUGUGACGAACCCCACGGUACUAGGAUCACCACUGAUAUGACAAGGUUCUCGUGCUUAUUUAUUCGCUCUGCGUCCUUUUCUACAACAGACGGGCCACCAGGAAACAUGCCGCUGAAGAUGCGCAUUGGAAGACAAUGCAGGAUGCGGAGCAACAUCCGAUGCUGUCAGAAACGAAUGAGGUGCCGUUCGGUGCUAGAGCUUUAGAGCGAGGCAUUCUUGUGGAAGGCAUCUGGACACCAGGCCAGGAGUCUCCGAUGGAACCUAAUACACCAACUAGGCACGAAAGCGCUGGACCGGCCCUGACGCAGCUUCCCGCGAGCCCAACAAGUAUGGUACAGAGGCCUUCUCAAACAUACAUGCCGGUGUCUCUAUCAAUCCAGUCAGGUCCCAGAUGGGCUCCAGCAGUUUCCGAUAUUAGGGCCGAAUCAUCGGAUAGUCUUUACCCCGACACUCUGCAUGCAAAAAAAUCUCGCCAAUCAGAUGUUCAACCAGUCGGUAAGUCCCAUGAUGUAGCUGACUCGGAUGUUGCCCGAUCAAAGCUACGACUCAGCUCUCGUGGCUCAUGGAUCAGCAAGCCUUUUGACAAGCGAACGUCAGGCGUUGAAGGUAAGCCCACGACUUCAUCCUAGUUUGCGAGAUUAGGGUGCAUAGGAGAUUUGUGGUAACAGGAUGCCGAAACUGACGAGCUUCCAUAGGAGCCCAUCCGCGAACUUCCUCCGAAGAGUUUAGGCGCAGGAUUAGCAGAUUGUUCGACGAAAAUGUCCACGCACGCCCGAUCGAAAUGUUUCAGUUGCAAUCCAAUUCUUCGGAGUCUGUUGAUGGUCGUCAAAAGGAACUCAUCCCAGAUCCAUCGAUGCAUAGGCCAAACCAUGCAAUCCGUUGAUUGAAUAGUUCCAUUGUUUACUUUCCCGAAAAAAAGGGAUUAUAUGCUAUUAUCAGUUGGUCAUGUAAUGUGCCCCAGAGCGUGAAUUAUCAGCCUUGAAGAUUUUCAUUCUUUCCUGUUGGAUACAGCCAUCUGUCUCGUCGGCCUUGCCUCAAUUGCGCUCUGGGAAGCUCUGCGACGCAUAAUGAUCAUUCCACUGUGGGGCGAUACAACUAUACUGUUAACGUGGAAAAAUGUUCGUUGUAUCGGUUGAUAACCGUCAAGAGACUUUUCGGACUCAAUGAAACAAAACGUAAUGAAGCAAGCUCAUGACCCACACAUUAAG